AGUGCAGGUUGGUGGGACUAGGUGAGAGUAAGCGUUCGGCACGGACUAGAAGGGCCGAGAUUACCUGUUUCCGUGCUGUGGUUGUUAUAUGGUUAGAGUGCCGGCUUCAUUGGCUGGAAAUCGCAUUGGGGAGUUCGGCAGGCGCUAAGGAAAUGCAGCUCAGCAGGGUAACAGCAAACUGAGCUUGGCGGGAGAAACUCGAAUCUCUAGGCGGCGGGGAAACAGGAGGCGAGCGAGGAGGACGGACGUGGGAGGAGCGGUCAGCGGCUCCAGGGCGGCGGAUACUGGACAUUGGCGGUUUGGACGGUGGCUGAAGGCUUGGAAAGUCGUUGUGGAUGGAACCAGAGCUUUCGUUGGCUUGUAGACACUGACUGCUCUGGGCAAGAGGAAGCAGGGAUGCCUCGACCGUUCACUGCCCCUCAACACCCUGUCCCGUUCAGCUUUGUCUGCAGUGUAAACACAGUGCAUUCAGACUGUAACGGACCCAUUCUGAAAUCAUCCUAACUGUUUUUCAUGGUACUGGUCUCCUCCUGCUUAUAAUUGUGUUUGAAAAAAACGGAGGCAGUCCCUGCGGUAUAUAAGUGCAAGGUGUGAUCAGAAAGCACACAAGCGUUCAACCCACAGCUGCCUUCCUCAGUCACAGAACGGCAAGAGAGUAUUCGAAUCCAGUGUGAACUUUCUGUGGAGCAGGAGCUGAUUAAAUGCUCAGAGAGUUUUGUCUUCAAUUGCCCCAGAGAGGUUUACGAUGAGCGUCACCGAUUUCCUCGUCGCUGGAGAUGUCACGGCGGCCCUCGCUGAAUGCAGCGAUCCGGGCUCCUUCCACUUCAAGAAAUUUUCCAGAACUUCCGGUCUUGCCAAGAAAUCUCCUGAAGAGAUCAUGAAAAUCUUCGCCAUUCUCGACGAAGAUAGCAGUGGUUUCAUAGAGAAGAGAGAGCUCAAGCUCUUCCUUCGGUUUUUCUGCCCGCAAGCCCGGGAGCUGAGCGAAGCUGAGACAAACAGCUUUGUCUCCGUUGGAGAUGAAAAUGGUGACGGGAGGAUUGAUUGUGCUGAAUUCCAGAGUCUGAUAACCUCAAUGGAGCAAAUUUGAUGAAGAUAUCCCCCCAUGCCGAUGUUCCCAUCCUUCGACUGGACAGCCCUAAGCAUCUCUGCAAAUCGAUCAGCACUU